AUGAAUACUACCUUUAUCAACACUAACUCCAUUCAUCAAAAUGUGUUGAAUAUGAUUUCCUUGCAAGGAAUAACUAUUUCUCAAGAUGUUUCUCAAUUGGAAACAACUCUAACUAUUGAUGUUGUCCAUUAUGCAGUAUCUCCUCUCAAUUCUGGAAGAACUGGAUGCGGUGGAUCUCCUCCUCAAGAAAGAUAUAUCCACUUUGACAACAUGAAAAAGAUUACCUUGAGUAACCCCAGUUUCUUUCUAUUGAUGUUGAUGGAGACAAAUUUUGUUGCUGACAAAGCUGUUGCUAAAGCCGUAAUCAGUAUCUGCCAAGAUAACAGUGUUACUUACGAGAACACUCAAUUGACAACCCCUUUCUUUGUCUCGGAGAGAUAG